AUGGGGGGGGUGGCCGAAUGGGGGUGUUCCGACUUAACCUUCUGCAUAGCCCGCACCUGCCUCUCAGUUGUUGUCGAGUUGGUCUACGUGUUACCCAAGGUGCGUCCAUGGAACGGUGGAUUACCCCCGUACAACAAACCGUACGGAGACUACCUUAUUGAUCCAUACAUCGAUUCCACCGUUAGGUCCUCCUCCAAGUCCUCGUCCCGUUUUGUGAAAUCAUCUUCUACCACCAUACUCCGUGCCUACCUUACCUUAUCCCUCGACCAAUAUCCGUACGGAUACAGUUCCCUCCACACACACCCCCUUCCACCCCUUCCACGGUCCUCCUUCUUCACCUGCUUCUUCCGCUUGACGGCACAUCUCUCCAAUCCCUGCUCCUUGCAUUAUCAACCGUACCUCGUCUUGCGCUCACCUUCUCAAACCAAUCCAUCUUCCGUCUUUCGUCAUCCACCACUCACUCGCUCGCUCGCUCAACACAUCUCCCACCUGAACGAUUCUCGCAACGACUUCUGCCAACUUCUCCCAUUCGUCAUCCUUUCUCUACACCAACCCGUUGAAUGCUGGCAUCGACCGAAACUACCUUCAACUUGUCACCCUAAUCCCCCCGUCGACCCGCACCAUAUUGUUACCGCCAACAUGAACUUCACCAAGAAAUUCGACCGCGCCUUCCAAUGGGCCGGCGAAAAGAUGGGAUCCGAGUCCAAGACCGGACAGACUGACGAAUUCAAAAACUUGGAAAUGGAGAUGCAAUUGCGAUACGACGGAAUGGAACGACUUCAAAAAUCCACAAACACCUAUGUCAAAUGGGUUGCCCGCCGUGGUGAGGCUUUCGACGACAAGGAGAAGGGCCUCCCUAUCGCUUUUGUUGGGCGUAUGAUGAUUUCCCACGGCGAGGAGUUCGAGCCCGACUCUGAAUUUGGAGCCUGUCUGCUCUCUCUCGGUCGAACCAACGAACGCCUUGCUGGUAUCCAGGAAAGCUAUGCUUCAGAAGUUACCGAUAACUGGCUUGUCUCGGUCGAAAGAUCUUUGGCAAUGAUGAAAGAGUAUCAGGCCGCACGGAAGAAGCUCGAGUCGCGCCGAUUGGCCUACGAUGCAGCAAUCAGCAAAAUGCAAAAGACGAAGCGCGAAGAUUUCCGCCUCGAGGAAGAGCUCCGUACUGCCAGGGCAAAGUACGAGGAAGCUGGUGAAGACGUCAUGCGACGAAUGUCCGAUAUCAAGGAUGCAGAGACUGACAAUGUUCGCGACCUGACUGGCUUACUCGACGCCGAGCUGAACUACCACGAACGCUGCGCCGAGGAGCUUCGCCGUCUGCGUCAGAAUUGGGCGGGCGGCAAUGCGCCUCCCUCGCCGACCGAUCGCCGUUAUGGAAACGGCGGUCGUGGGCGGUCCAACACGGCCCGCUCGUUCAACGACUAUUCGGCGCGCAACAAUCACGUUGAGGAGGAACCAGAACCGAUGCCCGUCCGCAUGCCCAUCCGCUCCCAACGAUCAGAGGUCAAGUUUGGCGCGUCGGCCGACACAACCCCGAGGCCGUCUAUCAGUAGGUCUCAGACGUUCCAGGGGCCAGCUGCGACCGACCGACGAUCCAUGGCUGCUACCCCGCCAGUGCCUGCCGUUUCUCACAUUGGAUCUUUGCGUGGGAAUCUGAGGCCUACCGGUAGACCAAUGGCGAGCGACGUGUUUGCCGACGAUGACCACACGACGGUAAGCGGUAGCGGCAGCCCGGAAUGGAAUGAUCGCAGUGCCAGCCCGGCCACCAGCAUGGGAAGCAGCUUGACUCGGAGCACAAGCAACCUGCAAGCAAAGAAAGCACCUCCACCUCCUCCCCCAAGCCGAGCCAAGAAGCCGGCGCCCCCAGUCCCCGCUAAGCGGGAGGGGCUCCCGACAGGAGCAGGGCGUUUGGGCGUGUUAAUAUCCGUGGGCUGGAUCCGCAACUAUUGGUUCCCUCAUCGCAUAGCUUCUGAAAAGAAGAACAUUGUCAAAGUUUUCGCCAUGAGUGACCUUCGCUCCGAGCCUUUCGGCAUGAAUUGCAACAUGAGGCGAGGAUCAGAACUAAUAUUCGAAGUAGCCAUCAGGCCCCAAAGGCAAGCCUGGGUUGUGAUAUCGAAGAAGACUUCCUACAUCGGCGACGGUCGUUUGCUCACGGUAUUCAUAACCGCGUUGGGGGCCAUUAUCCUAGUGGAUACCUACUUCCUAUGGCUACCUUCCUUAGAGUUCAGGAUACCUUACCUCACCAGCCACAUUUUGUCCCGCAUCGACAAGGGAGAAAAAAAAAUGCGCCACAUCACGUGCGCUGGCUGUGGCCCGAGCUGUCUUUUGCCUGAGUUUGAUCUGAGGGUUGUGAUGUUGGAUCAAUCAACCAACUCUCCCCUCUGUUAUUGGACAGAAGACAACAGCAUCUCCCCUAAGCAAUUCUCCUGCCUUGCCGCGAUGGCAACCGAAGAUGCGCGAUACCGACUUUCGACACAGUAUCGACUGUGGUCGUUCUCCCCAGCCAAACUAGCGGAAUUACGAGAACAGACCAAUUCUCUGGCGAAGACAAAUAUUACCAGUCGCCUUGUGGAAACGAAACGCGUGGACCUUGAUGCGGCCGAGUCGAUGCCAGAGUUCUUGACACCUCCCGAGGAGACACAACUGCUCAAGUUCUUCACCGUGGAGUUGAUUCGCGCUGCAGACUUCUGUGGGCUCCCGACAGAGGUUAGAGCGACUGCGACCGUUUUCCUCCGUCGAUUUUACGUCACCAACUCCAUCAUGACGUACCCGCCUCAGGAUAUCCUCAAGACCUGUCUAUUCUUUGGAAGCAAGGCUGAGGGACUGUACACCCGCCUGGCUAAGCUGGCUGAUAAAUUCCCCAACACGACUGAGGAGGAGAUUCUGGCAGGGGAGUUCUUGCUGUGCCAAGGAGUUCGAUUUGCCUUCGACGUCAGGCACCCGUUCCGCGCGUUGGAAGGAGCGAUUCUGGAACUUCGGCGUCAUGCCGACCUCGAGAAAAACCGAAUCGAUGCCGCUCAUUUCCGUGCCCGCGCUUUCCUCAAGUUUAGCUCUCUCGUCACAGACGCGUACUUUCAUUACACCCCGAGCCAGAUCAUGCUUGCCUCACUUUCUUUGGCUGAUCGAGGUCUGGCCGAGAAACUCGUCCAAAGCGCCUUUGGACCCGCUCAAAACGGCACCUCGAACGAAGGCGAGAAAGACCUCGCCCGACACGACAUACGGGAUAAAGUCAUGGGAACCAUUGAGGCGUGUAGGGAGCUGCUAGCGACCGAGCCGCCCGAGAGAUUGGACGAGUAUUGGGGAACUGUCGAGGCGACGAAGGUGAUUAAACCUCUGAUCCGAAAACUGAAAAAGUGCAGAGACCCCGACCGCGCAGAUCUUGUGGCCUUGCAAAAGGCUCGACGAGAGUUGGCUUCGCAGAAAGAGACGCGGAUAUCGAAAGGUGAAGGUGACGGGUCUGUGUUAGACGGUAAUGGCGGAGGACUCGGCGGUAAUGAGGCGCGGGAUGCGAAGCGACGAAAGGUUACGGAAGGCGACGACCGGAGAGGUGUCGGCGGUGCACGCGGAGCCUCGCCAAGCUCACGGAGGAUGACGGGAGAGACCGACUGUCCCGAUUCGGCUUUACGAAGAGAUACCCAAUAUUUUCCCCCACGACCCCUCGCGCUUCUUCCGAUGGUGAACAUCGUGGCGGUGCCCAGAUUUGACAAAUUCCCAACUCGAAACGCGCCAGCAUGCGCCCCUCGCUUGCAACUCGAUGGACAGUCGGGGAACAAUCACCGAGAAGUGGCUCAUUUAGACACCAGCGGAGGCCUCAACGGGUUCAACUCUGUUGCACUCUGGAUGGCAGGUGCAGCUGCCAAGCAACGGUUCCUAGGGAGAGAAAUGCGCCAUUGGCGCACUUUAUGGAAUAAGCGCCAAAAUUGCGAUCUGUCAAGUGAAUCGAUGACGCACCGUUUUCAUGAUGCUAUCGUCAAUGGCUAUAACGCAAUGAGCUUCACCCAUGUCCGCUUGCUUGGCCACGCUUUCACCAUGGCACUAAACCGAUCGCGGAUACGUGUCUUGGUGGAUUUGGCGUCUAACCGGAGCACCUCGCCAACACCUGGCACACCAUGCACCUGGCACACCAUGGAGACGAGACACUACUUAGGGCAAAGCCAAGGGGGAAAUGGGAAUGGCCCGACUGGCCCUGCAUUGGGGUCGACUAUCCUUUUGGCUAUUGCGGGGAAAGCGGCUGCAAUGCUACACGAACCAGAACAUCUCUUCCCCUUCUCAUUCGAGUUUUGUAUCGUCGAUGAAAACAUGACGUUUGAUGAUCCCAGUCUAGGUUCAAUGGCAGAUUACGGUAACAAUAAGCCAAACCAUAAGACGGGCAAAAGAGCCUAUGACUUAAGGCAAGGAUUGCCAUGUUGGCAGCCCGCCGGCACGCAUGCCAAGCAGGAAUACCAUCCAGCAUUGCACGGCUCGUUGUUCGGCGCCAUCGGAGUCUCUCCCGUCUUCAAUGGCGCUAAGCGGCCUAUCCUGACGACAUCGACUUUUUUCUGUAGUCCCCCUCACCCAAGCUUUGCCAGUCGGGCGCAGGCUUACGCAACUUCCAAGACCCGACAUGCUGUCAAUGGCGUCCCAGACUCGGAUAUCCCAAGCUUCUCGCAGCUAGGUGGUUCCCUAGCAUUCCGCGUUGUCUACUUGGCUUCCACAAGCAUAGCUAGCAGUCUAGGACUGCAGCUGCUAGCCAUGGCUCUUGAAAGACCUUCGGACUUCUAUGUAAGGCAACGAAGGUACUGGCAAGACCAUUGCCUUGCCAUGGUGUCGGUCCCCCCCACCCCCUUUGGCGCAUACGCCGGCCAAAAACGACUUCACGAUCGGCUUGGCACCCAGCUGGCGAUCCUGUUAAACAGCUCAUUGGUCCUCUGCCAGCGUCGUGCUCUUUUGCGAGCUAAGGAGGCUUCUCCACCCCCUGGUCUGCGUGUCUGCCCCGGUCCAGUCCAAAGUCCCAGUCCCUGGCGCGGUCGUGAUGUCGACCAAGACCCUUGUCUGGGGACAAGAAGCCCGGCAGGCCUCCUGGUUUCUUCACCCAGCCUGGGCAACAAGCUUGAUUCGGCGCGAUCUGGUAACCCACGACGACGCGAUUGGUUUGAUCACUCUUGGACUGAGCUCACCAAGGUGUUUUGCAUGAUUCCUACCAUGCAGGUCAAAAAUCUUCUCCCUCUGGCUUUGGCCAGCGCUGUGCUCGCCCAGAGCCAACAAAGCUUGACGGCUGCUCUAGCUUCUCAGAAUUCUAGCUUGUCGUCUCUCACAGCACUCCUGGGCACCCAGCCGGCUCUGGUCCAAGCCCUUUCUCAAGCACAGAACAUCACCAUCCUGGCACCUAGCAAUGCCGCUCUCGAGGCAUUCCUAGCAAGCCCCGGUGCCCAAGGUGCUGCGACUAACCCCGGCCUCGUCGCCGCGAUUCUUCAGUACCACGUCCUGAACGGCACCUACUACGCCUCCCAGUUCACCGAAGAGCCGCAGUUCAUCCCCACCCUGCUGUCCAACGAGACUUAUGCCAACAUCACCGGCGGUCAGCGCGUUCAGGCCCAGACUGUUGGCGGUAACGUCACUUUCUACUCUGCCUUGAGGGAAAACUCGACCGUCACGGCCGGCAAUGUUAACUUCACCGCUGGUACCAUCCACAUCAUCGACAAGGUCCUGAGCGUUCCCCAGCCGAUUCCUGACACCCUUCGCGCUGCCAACCUCACUGCUGCUUUGGGUGCUGUCCAGGCCGCAAACGUCGGCCCCGCUCUUGCCGCCGCAAAGGAUCUGACAAUCUUCAUCCCCAACAACGAGGCCUUCCGCUCCAUCGGCAAUCUCACCGCCAACCUGACCGCCGCGCUGCCCAGCAUUCUUCAGUACCACGUCGUCGCCGGCGCCGUCUUGUACAGCCCCGAUAUCACGAACACUUCAUUGACCACACUCAAUGGAGGAAACGUCACCAUCCGUGUCAUCAAUGAGACCGUCUACGUCAACGAGGCCGAGGUUCUCAUUCCCAAUGUCCUUGUAGCCAACGGUGUCGUCCACGUCAUCGACAACGUCUUGAACCCCAAUAACACGUCCGUGGAGCCUGAUACCACGGCUUCCACCCGCGCGCCCGCAUACACUGGCGCUGGUACUGCUACCGAUGGCAGCAACCCCUUCACCAGCGGCAUCACCGGUCCCACUUCAACUGCUCCGCUUGCCACUGAGACUGGUGCCAACAACGGUGGUGGUGUCCGAACCACCUCCUCUAGCACUCAGGCCGGCCCCAUGCGCACUGCUGCUGUUGGCGCUGCUGCCCUCUUUGGUGGUAUGGCUGCUUACAUGAACAUCUAA